ACCCCCACUCCAUUGUUUACAUUUUCUCGCAGUUUGUUUACAAAUCAAAAGAAAAAGCAUCACAAAAAUCAUUUUCUUUUAGUUUUUCAUUCAAUAUUUAAGGUAUUUUUUGGUUUUCUUAGUGCACUGAAACUUUAUAAGAUUUCUGAGCUUUUAUAAAAGUCAACAUGGAAAAUGAUGACCUAAUUGUGGAAGUUUUGGAAAUCUACAUAAACUACAUCCUGUACGGACGUCAAGUGUACCCGAGUGCAAUCUUCCGGAAGAGGCGCUCCUUCAGUACGUUCGUCUACAAGUCCAUCUACCCACCACUCAAUGACUACCUUAAGAGUAUCCUGGAAACCGUGAGGACUCUCAAACGCAUUAAGAAGCUAACAAAAGUAGAAAUGCUUCUCAAUCAGGAUGAUCAUGUCCUGGAGAAUUAUAUCUUUGACAUUGAAGAUUUGCCUGAUGUUGGCAAUGAUGAUAAGUAUUUGAUUGAAUUUGAGGAGAAUAUCAAAAAGUCCAUUGCUGUCCUCGAGGGAAGGCUCAAAGGGCUUAAAGCACUGGAGAAGGAUACGAAUUUUAAGAUUGUCCUGCAUACAACACAAUCGGCAUUUGUUGCAUUGGGUGAGAAUAAGCACCUUGAGGGAUUCCCGUGGCUCAAAGCCAGUGAUCUUGCCCCAGAGGAUAAACAUAGAGCCACCCUGCUACCCAUUACAACAGCACCCUAUGUUGGAUUGCAAAUCUAUGCUGAGGAGUACAACAUUUAGCAUUUUUUUUACAUUAAAGCUGAUUCUAUGAAAAAAAAAAAGAAUUUUAUCUG